GAUUGGUAGAGAGGGGUGGAGGACACUGAGUGGAGACCAGUGGAGGGAUUGGCAGAGGGGUGGAGGACACUGAAUGGAGGCCAGUGGAGGGAUUGGUAGAGAGGGGCGGAGGACACUGAGUGGAGGCCAGUGGAGGGAUGGGCAGAGAGUGGUGGAGGGAUUGGCAGAGAGGGGUGGAGGACACUGAGUGGAGGGAUUGGCAGAGAGGGGUGGAGGACACUGAGUGGAGGGAUUGGCAGAGAGGGGUGGCAGAUACAGAACAGUUAGUAAGGUGGAGUGAUUGGAUUUGGGGCUGGAAGGACAGAUGGGAGUCU